GGGGGUGUCAGACCUCCGGACAACCGGGGGCCACCGGGGCGGCCGCGGCGGGGCUGGCCGGGGCUGAGGUGUGGGGCUGGGUGCGGGGUUGGGUGCGGGCCGUGCCCCGGGCUGCGGGGGACGAAGGGCGCUGCCGGGCUCGGCGGCACCGGCCGCGCUUCAGGGGCGGCUGGGCAAGCCCUGGCCCGGCAGGCAGCCCUGUGGCCCGGCUGGCCCGGCGGCGGCGCUCGGCUCCUCCCGGCCCUCUGGAGUGUGUUUUCCUCCCUGGUCUCUGGUAGAGGGCUCCGCCGCGGGUUACGGCGCGGUUGAUUUUUUUUUUUACUACCAACCAGUGAAGAUGACACCAAAACAUGAAAAACAGGAAUUUGUAACUGUCUUGGUGCGAGACCCCAGGAUACAGAAAGAAGACUCGUGGCAUUCUUACAUAGACUAUGAGAUAUUUAUUCACACAAACAGUAUAUGCUUUACAAGGAAAACAUCCUGUGUUAGACGACGCUAUCGAGAAUUUGUUUGGCUCCGACAGAGGCUUCAGAGCAAUGCAGUGCUUAUACAGCUACCUGAACUGCCAUCCAAAACUCCCUUUUUCAAUAUGAACAAUCCUAAUCACGUGGACCAUCGCCGUCAGGGUCUGCAAGAAUUCCUGGAAAAGAUCCUACAAGAUGCAUUAUUGCUGUCAGAUAGUAGGCUUCACCUCUUCCUACAGACUCAGCUAAGCCCAGAAGACAUGGAGGCCUGUGUCUCUGGACAGACCAAAUUCUCUGUUGCUGAUGCGAUUCUCAGUUUCGCCUCUCUGAACAGACGUUUCCCUAUAGAAGAUGAAGAGGAAAAAAAAGGAAAAAACGAUGCAGACUCUGAUUCAGAGAGUUCAUCCUCCGGGCUCGGACCUAGUGAUGACAGCAUUUCAUGUGGAUGUAAAGCAAGCCCAGCUUCUGAAGAAUCAUGAAAAAUCAUUCCUGUAUUGCACCCUUAAGGACAGUACAGAGCAGUUUCUGCUUUGUUUACUGGUUAUAUGUACCAUACAAGCAGGGCUGUCUGGUAACGUGUACCUAAAAGACCCAUUGUUAAUGCAACCAUGUGUCCUUACAAAAUACUCAAAACAGACCUUGAUACUAUCUUUUUGGUGAUUUUUUGUUCAUGUAUCUUGGUGUAGGUCUACAUGCCACCUAUUUAUGUUUUUGUGACUAUAAAAAUCUCAGUAUUGGGUAAGUCAUGCUCUUCUGACAUAUGUGGCAGUUUAAAUAAUUCCUUCAGUGAGUGCAUGUCUUGGAUUUGAAAAAUAAAGAUAACUUAAUUCCUCACCUUAAAAGUUGGUAUAUAUCAUAUCAAACAUAUUCAAAGCAUCUUUUAGUCAUUUGCAUCAGAGAAGUUUCAUCUUUAGAAGUCAUUUGACAUUGGUGAUGAAAUUACACACCCCACCAAGGUACUCACUUUUUAAAGUAGCUCAGCAACAUCAGCAAAACAACAUUCGUACAAACUAUAUGCUGCUGACAAUUUGAGAUAUAAAUACAUCUUCCUCUGGUCCUUCUGUAAUGUUUAUGGAAAGACUGGUUUUAUCAUGCGUAAGUACUGAAGGCAAAAAUUCUUGAGCAUGGUUGCUUAGAAGUUUAGAAAUAUAAAUAAAAAUUACAUCAUUUCUAGGCUUGCUGGAGAUUCUCAGCUCCCAGGGAACUAUGGACACUCAUUCCCAGUGAAAAUCCUGGAUGAGGUCCAUCCAAACCAAUGGCUGAAUUUUGCACUGACCUCGCUAGGGCCAGGAUUUCACCCAACAUGUUUAACUUUCGGUAUCUAUGUUUGAAGGUGCUGGUAGAGGUGUUUUAGUUCAGCAGCUGAAGUGGGGAGUGUCCCCCUCUGUGAGAUGAUGAUAAUCACACAGCUGGAACACCCUGCAUGGAUGUGGCCCUCUCCACUCUCCAUGUGCAACAGGAGCUGCUGAUUUCAUUGUGGCUGUAGUCACCACGUUGGAAUAUUGGCUUUUUUUCACAAACAGAAGGCAGGCUUGAACACAAUUCUUAACCACCAACACUUAUUUUGAUUAAGCGUCAGUUUUGCUCUUUAUUGUUCACAGCAGCUGUGUAGUGUCUUGUCCCAGAUCCUGUCAAAGGAGUAUGUUUCACUGUGGUGUUGUAUUUAUAUUUGACAUUUAACUGCUAUUAAAAAGAGCUAGGGGGUCUGAUCACCCUAGCAAAGCUCCCUUUAACUUCAGUGCAGUAGCUACGAGCCUAGAAAUGGAUGUAAAUACGUGCCCCUUUUUUUUUGGUUUUUGUUUUUGAAUUUUUUUUUCCUUUUCUUUUUAAAGAAAACUGUGGUUACUUUCAAUGAAGGGGCAUUUUAAACCUGUGAAUUACAGAAACAAUAGAUUAUUAAAUAGACAGCUAGUAAGGGGUAGCAUAAACAUGUGUGGACAUGUUUUUUUUUUUCUUUUAAAGCAUCCAGCUGGGAAUCUGUGUAAUUUUAGAAACAGGUUUUAGUAGCCUGAGAAUAACAUCUCUUAGGUAACUACUUUAAGCCACUGUAUUUUGUUGAUGGUAGCACUUUGUGAGAUAAAUAUGUUUGUUUCUUUUUGCUUGGUCUUACUGAAUUGCACAAAUGUAUCUACUCACCAUCUCAGCUUCUAUGUGAGUUAGCAGCAAUGCUAUUUUUAAUGUAGAAGUGGUAACUUAAAGCAACAAGUUAUCACUAAAAGCAGCUUAAAAAUAGCUGUUACUGCCAGUCAGAGAUUUUGAUUACUUGAUUUUUUUUUUUUUAUUAUUAAGAUGGCACAUUUAAAAAAAUUGUUUAGUAAAUUUAUUUAAAAGGUGGGAAGGAUUUAAAAAGAAAACCUGGAAUAAUGUUGAGAAGAAUAUUACCAUUUUUAUUUAAGACAAUGUAGGUUUUUCUUUUAUUUCAAAAGUUUGAGCUAAAUUCUUGAAGCAGUUUAUAGUUCUGGCUUACUAACACGUCCUCAGUACCUGGCAAAAAUUACAGAAACACAAGGUUUGGAGAGCCUUUGUGGGUAAUUGUGUUUUUUAAUUCUAGGAGCUUAUCAGUAUGCCAGCGAGUAUUUUCCAGAUGAAGAUGUUUCUGAAAUAAAUAUUUGUUUUCUAAUAGCCCUCUUGUUAUUCUCUUAUUUUGUCAUUCUGUUAAAAAAAAUCUAAGACUACUAUAACUUUCUUCUCAGCUUUGACAGAAAUUUGUUCAAAUAUUUAUCUUUUGAAUAUUGUUUGUGUAGCUGGUGUUACUAGAAUUUUACUUCAUAAUGGGGGAGGGAAAGUACUCCAUGCUCUCUAGUAUGUCUCCUUUAUAUAUCAACUGUAUAUAAUCACAUAUAAAGGCUUUAAGGCAUUUUGUUUCAUUGGAACAUUAAAUGUAACUUUUACAAAUGUAAAUGU